GCUUGUUCAUCUGUGGCAACCAGGGCCAGACGUCUGUCAGGUCGGGAGGACAAGGGCAAGCGUGAGAGAAAGAGAAGAAGUAACAGCUCGGAGAGAGAGAGAGAGAGAGAAGAGAGAAAGUCAGGAAACUAUCCCGUCCUCAGCAUUAUAGUUGACCCAGCUGUCCGUCCUGAAGGACAACACGCAGUUGAGUUUCGUGGGAACAGAAGUUAACAGCACAGUACAGUUAUGAUGACCCAGGUGGAGACCACGGUGCACUAUGACAACGGCUACGAGGAGGAGUAUAUGUUACAGGAGGAUGAGUGGGACAGAGACAUGCUGCUUGACCCUGCCUGGGAACAACAGCAGAGGAAAACCUUCACGGCCUGGUGUAACUCCCACCUGAGGAAAGCUGGUACUCAGAUUGAAAAUAUUGAGGAGGACUUCAGGAACGGACUGAAACUCAUGCUGCUCCUGGAAGUUAUCUCAGGAGAGAGGUUACCUAAGCCAGACAGAGGGAAGAUGCGGUUUCAUAAGAUUGCUAACGUCAACAAAGCGUUGGACUUCAUCACAAGCAAAGGAGUGAAACUGGUCUCCAUUGGAGCUGAAGAGAUUGUGGACGGGAAUGUUAAGAUGACUCUAGGAAUGAUCUGGACUAUCAUCCUCCGCUUUGCCAUCCAGGAUAUUUCUGUGGAAGAAACAUCUGCCAAGGAGGGUCUCCUCCUGUGGUGUCAGAGAAAGACUGCCCCCUACAGGAAUGUCAAUGUCCAAAACUUCCAUGUCAGCUGGAAGGAUGGCCUGGCCUUCUGCGCCCUGAUUCAUAGACACAGACCCGACCUCCUCGACUACUCUAAGCUCAACAAGGAUGAUCCUCUGGGGAACCUGAACCUGGCUUUUGACAUAGCCGAGAAACACCUGGACAUUCCCAAAAUGCUGGACGCAGAAGAUAUCAUCAACACCCCUAAGCCUGAUGAAAGAGCUAUCAUGACCUAUGUGUCCUGCUUUUACCAUGCUUUUGCUGGAGCUGAGCAGGCAGAGACAGCUGCCAACAGGAUCUGUAAGGUGCUCGGUGUAAACCAGGAGAAUGAGAAAAUGAUGGAGGAGUAUGAGAGACUGGCCAGUGAGCUGCUGGAGUGGAUACGACGCACCACUCCCUGGCUGGAGAACCGGACCCCAGAGAAGACCAUGGCAGAGAUGCAGCGGAAGCUGGAGGACUUCAGGGACUACAGACGCCAGCACAAGCCCCCUAAAGUGCAGGAGAAGUGCCAACUGGAAAUUAAUUUCAACACCCUGCAGACCAAGUUGCGCAUCAGCAAUCGCCCUGCCUUCAUGCCCUCUGAGGGGAAGAUGGUAUCUGAUAUAGCCAGUGCAUGGCAGGGCCUGGAGCAGGCAGAGAAAGGCUUCGAGGAGUGGCUCCUUACAGAGAUCCGUAGGCUGGAGAGGCUGGACCACCUGGCUGAAAAGUUUCGCCAGAAAGCUACCAAUCAUGAGAACUGGGCCAGCGGUAAAGAACUGAUCCUUUCCCAGAAGGACUAUGAAACAGCUACCCUGACAGAAAUCAGAGCAUUGCUUCGAAAACACGAGGCCUUCGAGAGUGACUUGGCAGCCCACCAGGACAGAGUGGAGCAGAUUGCAGCCAUUGCACAGGAACUAAAUGAGCUGGAUUACCACGACGUGGCUGCUGUAAACCAACGCUGCCAGAGCAUCUGUGACUUGUGGGACAAGCUGGGAACCCUGACUCAGAAGAGGAGAGAGUCACUGGAGCGGACAGAUAAGCUGCUGGAGACUAUUGAUCAGUUGUUCUUGGAGUUUGCCAAGAGGUCGGCUCCUUUCAACAACUGGAUGGAAGGAGCUAUGGAGGAUCUGCAGGACAUGUUCAUAGUGCAUACAACCGAAGAGGUCCAGAGUCUAAUUGCAGCUCACGAGCAGUUCAAAGCUACUAUGCCUGAGGCAGAUGCAGAGAGACAGGCCAUCAUGGGAAUCCACAGUGAGGUGCAGAAAAUUUCCCAGAGCUAUGGGAUCAAGGCCAACAUUAUCAACCCGUACAGCACCAUCACAAUUGAGGAGCUUCUCAACAAGUGGGAAAAGGUGAAGAAGCUGGUUCCUCAGAGAGAUGGUGCCCUUCAGGAGGAGAUGGCACGCCAGCAUGCCCAUGAGAGGCUGAGACGGCAGUUUGCUGCCCAGGCUAAUCUUAUUGGACCCUGGAUACAGGCCAGGAUGGAGGAAAUUGGGCGCUGCUCCCUGGAGAUAGGAGGCACCCUGGAGGACCAGAUGACCCAGCUGAAGCAAUUUGAGCACGUCAUUGUUGCAUACAAGCCCAACGUCGACAAGUUGGAGGGAGACCACCAGCUGAUCCAGGAGUCGCUGGUGUUUGAUAACAAACACACCAACUACACUAUGGAGCAUAUCCGUGUCGGGUGGGAGCUGCUCCUCACAACCAUCGCCCGAACCAUCAAUGAGAUUGAGACCCAUAUACUGACCCGGGAUGCCAAAGGCAUCAGCCAACAGCAGAUGAAUGAAUUCAGAUCCUCUUUCAACCACUUUGACAGGAAGAAGAAUGGCGCAAUGGAGACUGAUGACUUCAGAGCCUGCCUCAUCUCUAUGGGUUAUGACUUGGGCGAGGUGGAAUUUGCCCGUAUAAUGAUGCUGGUGGACCCCAAUGCUACCGGAAUCGUCUCUUUCCAGUCUUUCAUAGACUUUAUGACCAGAGAGACUGCUGACACAGACACUGCCGAGCAGGUUGUGGCAUCCUUCCGGAUCCUGGCAACUGACAAGCCCUACAUACUAGUGGAGGAGCUGAGAAGAGAACUCCCCCCUGAACAAGCAGAGUAUUGCAUCAUGAGGAUGCCGCCUUACGCUGGCCCUGGAGCACCACCAGGGGCACUGGACUACACUGCCUUCUCCACUGCCCUCUACGGAGAGAGCGACCUUUAACCAGCUAAAAAAACCUUUAAUCUACUGACCGUUUACCUAACAACCCCCCCCCUACCCAAUCCCCUUGCUUUCCAUCUCUUGAUAAAUUUAAGGAAUAUAAGAAAGUUGGAUCAAAUAUGUUGAAUGAAAUGUGUUUUUGUUCAUUAGUUUUCUGAAGCAUUAGACUGUCUACAAUCAUGCAGAGCAUUGUCAUGUGUCCUGGUCCUCUUGGGACAAAACAUGCCCCCGAAACAAACAGAAACUGCCAUGUUCAAAUGAUCUUGUGAGAAACAAUGCACUGUACAUUUUAUCUUGUGUGUUAAGGUAUUUUUGCAGAAAGUAGGCUUCAGUGAAGAAGGUAAAGCUAAAAGAAAAAUGUACUCCAUCAAAAAUGCAGAUCACUUAAUACAACAACAGGAUUGUGGUGUUUCUGUAUUUUAUCAGCCAAAGAAAUUGGACAUGAAAAUCCUGUUUCGUUUAGCAAUGAUGUGUAUUGUUUUCACGUUUCCUCACAGUGCCUUUGUUUUGGGAAUACAGUCUUCUGAUAAGGCAUUUUGAGAUGUUUAAAGUGAGUUACAGUUUGCAAAAGCAAUUUCAGACCUACUGCCAUACAACAAUAAACGGUUUAGAAAAUGGGUUCCCAAAGGCCAAAAAUAUACAGUACCAACAGAGAAAAAGUGGGCGAAACCACAUGAAUGCAAAAGUAAAUGUUUACAAUUGCUCAGUGGUUUAAAGGCAGAGAACAUGGAAGACUGAAUGUGCGGUAUUCAUGAGUAAUGUGUUUUAAGAUCAAAAUUGAGAUAAAGGCAGCAAUAAAACAUGCUAAUGCUUACGUAUGCCUAUAAAUAAGAUCAAUAAACUCCAAAAAUAAACACACUAAUAAGAAAAUAAUCAUCAAAUUAAGCACAACAGAUCAAGUCCUUAUUGAUACCAGCCCUGAAAAACUGAAAGUUUUUCCACUGUAUAAUGCAGGACAUGGCCAUUGUAUGGCACACAUGACACCUCUGUUAUGUGAUAUUGUGUCUAGAAUCUUAUUAUAGAUAUAAUUUUUUAAUUUGUAUUUUGGCUGCCAAAUAAAUUGUGCUGGCAUUCUUCUGUCUUUUUCCCAACUAUUUCCAGAGACGUGUAAACACUUCUUGUUCGUUCUCGAGGAAGUUUUGGCUUAAAAAGCAUCACUUAUGUAAACUCCAUAUUUAGCCAUCUCCGUGUUGUGUGCCUUUUAUUAUGUGUGCUGACUAAAUAUGUUUACUUUUGUAGUCAAGCUGUUUCUCAAUUUUCCCUUCCUGACACAUAAGACAUAUUGUUAGUAGAAAUAUACACUGAUCCCUGAUUUGUCCAUAUCACACAGCUGUUUGGAUACAUGUUACCUUGCAGUAUACUUAUCCUCUAUACUGUUUGAGCAUAAACUGAAGCUAUAGUAUUUAAAGAAUGUGCAUAUUGCCAUACACAAAUAGAGUAUUUAAAUAGACUGUAGUGGCAAUGAUUUAACCGAAAAUGUGCUGGUUAUGCUCAUGCUCAUAACACUUGCUAAAUCUAUGCAAAUGACUUCCUGCUAGAACAAUCUGUGUAAUGCUCUUAAUGAAAAAGAAUGAUAAAUCAAACAUUUUGUGUUCUUGAUUUCACACCCUUUGGCAGUUUGUGAAUCAUGCAAGAGUGCUAAAAUACUGUGGAAGUUAUCAAACUAAUGACAUUUUCUGUAAAGAGGAUCGUUGGCCAUUUCACAAAAACUGAACACGAGGCACUGGAGCACACUUUUAAUUUAAUACUCUAUUUAGAUGCAAGCAAUCCCCUUUAAAAAGAAAAGCUGCCACUGAUCUGAUCUCUGUGGAUACAAGAGGUAUUCUCAUAUCGAGUGAACGCUUUGAUUUGUUGUAUUUUGGUAGGAAAAUAAAGAUACUCAGGCAGUACUGACACCUUGAAGACUUUUGAUGACUCUGUUAUCAACAAAUUCAUUAAGUUAAUCUUUGUACUUGAGGGUAACGGACUAAUCAAAUAAACUGUUUGUGACUAAUUCAAACAUUUAUUUCAAACAGA